GAUGGCGGCGGAGCGGCGGCGCCGGUAGCGGCAGCCAUGGAGGCGGAGGGCGGCCCGCUGGGCCCGGGGGAGCGCUGGGCGCCGGUGGGCGCCGUGUCGGCUGCGGCGGAGGAGGAAGCGGAGGAGGAAGCAGAUGAGGAGGAGGAAGCGGCGGGGGGGUCGCCGCAGUCGGUGCCGCGGCUGCGGGCGGAGCGGCGGCGGCUGCACGGGGCGCUGCUGGCGCUCGCCUCGCACUUCGCGCAGGUGCAGUUCCGGCUGCGGCAGGUGGCGCGGGCCGGGCCGGGCGAGCAGCGCCGCCUGCUCCGAGACCUGGAGGACUUCGCGUUCCGCGGCUGCCCCGCGCCGCUCGGCCUCGGCGGAACCCCGGGUGAGCGAGAGAAGCAGGAGCAGACGGAGGUGCAGAAGGAGAAACAGAGGGAGCUGAUACUGCAGCUCAAGACGCAGCUGGAUGACCUGGAGACGUUUGCUUACCAGGAGGGCAGCUAUGAUUCUCUGCCGCAGUCUGUGGUUAUGGAAAGACAACGGAUGAUUAUCAAUGAGCUGAUAAAGAAGCUGGACAUGGACUUGAGUGAAGAUUUUGCAGCGCUCUCUCCAGAGGAAUUGCGACAGCGUGUGGAUGCUGCCAUAGCGCAGAUUGUUAACCCAGCCAGGGUGAAGGAGCAGCUGGUGGAGCAGCUGAAGACGCAGAUAAGGGACCUUGAAAUGUUCAUCAACUUCAUCCAGGAUGAAGUUGGAAGCUCUGGUAAGAUGGAAGAUGGACACUGUGAAUGUACAGGCAGGAAAGAUGGUGGUGGCUCCCACAAACCAAAUACACGUUCUCCAGGAAAUAGAGUGAACCCAGAAGAUGCCAGAAAGGUGAGAGAAACAGGCCUGCACCUCAUGCGUCGCAUGCUUGCUGUGCUGCAGAUAUUUGCUGUCAGUCAGUUUGGUUGUGCUACGGGUGAGAUUCCUCGCACCCUCUGGCAGAAGGACCAAGACAACAAGGACUAUUCCCCCUUAAUCAAGAAACUGGAGCUGUCGGUAGAGCGGGUGAGGCAGCUGGCAGUGAAGUACCAGCAGGAAGACCACGUUAUCAGUUCCUCCGACCUGCAGGACAUUCCCUUGGGAGGCAGGGACGAGCUGACUCUGGCUGUGCGGAAGGAGCUGACCAUCGCUUUGCGAGACCUGAUGGCUCAUGGGCUCUACGCCUCUUCCCAAGGAAUGAGCCUGGUAUUGGCACCCAUCGCGUGCUUGAUUCCUGCGCUCACCUCCUCGCCGCAGAGCAUGCACCCCUGGGAGCUCUUUGUGAAGUAUUACAACACGAAGAACGGACAAGCCUUUGUGGAAUCCCCGGCUCGCAAACUCUCCCAGUCCUUUGCCUUGCCUGUGACAGGAGGCAUGGCUGUGACACCCAAACAGAGCCUGCUGACAGCGAUUCACACUGUCCUCACGGAGCAUGACCCCUUCAAGCGCAGCGCGGACUCGGAGCUGAAGGCGCUGGUGUGUAUGGCGCUGAACGAGCAGCGCCUGGUCUCCUGGGUGAAUCUCAUCUGCAAAUCUGGAGCUCUGGUACAGGCCCACUACCAGCCGUGGAGCUACAUGGCAAACACAGGCUUCGAGAGCGCGCUCAACGUUCUCAGUCGCCUAAGCAACUUGAAAUUCAACCUCCCAGUAGACCUGGCUGUCCGGCAGCUGAAAAACAUCAAAGAUGCUUUUUGAUGGAUUUUUAUUGUACAUCAUCCCUUUUCCACAAGCAGGGCAGCUGCCGGGCUCAAAGCCUGGCUUUUUUAAGACUGAGUUCGGCUCUUUCAAAUUGAUACUUGCUUUUAGGGAAAUCUCAUGGUGUCUCGAUGCUGGAAAUCUGCGUGUUUACA